AUGGCACAGCUAGGACGGGCAUCUCGUUGGGCCGGGACCUGGCGAGACGAGCUCAUGAGCGAGGCUGACAUUGCACACGGAGAGCGUGGCUGGCGAGAGGCGACAUGGGCCGCUCGAUUGAGCUUCGACAAGGACAAACAAUUGAAAGUGGCAAUGAAUGGCUUGAACAUGACCGACGAGGGCAUCAAAGAAUGGAGCACCUGGUUUCUGCAAUACUCUGCAACUCUGGGUCACGCCCACACUGCCCUGCGUGCCACCCUAGUGGACUUUGCGGAGAAUCAACUGACUUCUGCGGGAGCGGCGACCUUGCUGAAGACCUUUUCAACUUGUGGCAUCUCGGUCUAUGUUCUCAAGCUGCACCAUAACCUCAUAAAGGAAGCAGGCUGCUUCGCAGACUAUUUUAGGACCUGCGACGGAUGUCUGCAAGAGUUACAUCUUUCCCACAACUCCUUGGAUGCCAAAGCAUCUGCUGUAAUUGUAGCUGCUGCAGCCUCUGCCAAAGGCGAGGAUGGAAUGCCUUGUUACCCACGCCGCUCAGGCGCCCGGGGCUCCGUGCCAUUGUGGCUGCGUUUGGAAAAGAACAACAUUGAUGACGGUGAAUUCAGUGCAAUCAUGGACGGGACGAUGACCAACCAACUCUGCAGCGCGAGGAGCAAGUGGUGCACACCGCACUGCUGCGCUGCCAAAGUGCCCCCCGCUGUUCACGCAAAGAACCUGGGAAACCAGCGACGCCAGACAGAUACCGCAGAGCAGGAUGACUCAGCGGCAUCUGGUGAAUUCUUCCUGAAGUUGCUUGCAAAAUCCGCCCAGCCUGUUUCGGGGGACACAGAGACCAAGGAAUGCACGAUGGCAGAUACUGCCAGCAACGUGGCCACAGGCAGCGACUCAGCACUUCCAGAAGGAUGGGAGCGUGCAGAGAUCGAACGUUGGGACCCAGACGUGGGCAGGUGGCUGCGCAGUGUGAUCGACAUCCCACCAGCAGUCGAGCCCAGGAGUUCUUUGCCAAAGGCGCAACAAGAGAAGCUCACCAUGGGACUCAAGGCGCUGAUCGGAAUCGGCCAGCGCUCUGACGGAGACAUGGAGAUGCUGAAUGGGCUCGAGGGCGUCACCCCAGCCGUAUCAUCAAAACAAGGUUCGAAAAGCCGACGGGCUUCCCAGCCUUCAGUUGCAAAUGCGCGGCAGGCUCAACAGGCACCGAAUUUGAUGCGACUGCUGCGAGAAGAAGGCUUCCGAAUCGGAGAAGCCGCGGCCCCGGGAUUGAACCCGCAGGCACCGGAGUUCCGACCCACCCCGAAGGCCAUCCGCCCAGCCAAGGGACAGGCGAAGGCCAAAGACGGCAGGGCACGUGCCGCAAGGGAGACCUGGAACCGCUAUCCGCUUGCUACAUCAUCCGCGACUUCGGCAGAGGCACAAGCUGGCUGGCUUUGCACAUUCAUACGGCCUCAACCUGAUUGGCACCUGGACUUUUACUCAGUUUUGGUGGGCAUCUUUGUGGGGCUCAGCUUGAACGUUUUUGUGGACCUGCUGAUCGUUUUGCGGAUCCAGUGGACUCGAUUUCUGCAAGCCUUUGUACCGAGUCCUUGCAUGAGCUCAGAAGUGAGUUCGCUGAAAAGCGAAGUGCUAGUGCUGCGCUCUCUUUGUGAAAGCGCCUUGACUAGAGUGACUGAGUUGGAAGAGAGGGUGCAGCGACUGGAGGCGGAAAGAGAAGAGACCAAGAGCUGGACCCGCGUCAGUUCUGCGGGGUCAGCUGAUUCAGCCAGGGGCUCUUCCUUGGAGGUGGACAAAGAGGAUCAGUCAGGUCGGCGCCAGCUGGCCGCCGAGAUUGGCCAGUUUUUGCGCCGUGCCCUCAACGGCGAGCACAGAGGUUCAUCUGGCAGAGACAGGCUGAAGCUAGCCAACCGUUGCUAUUUGAUUCUGGCUGAUUUCAGGGGCAGACGCCUCCCAAAACCCAUUUGCUCCGACUCCUUUCAGGACGUCCGGAACCUUUGCAAGAUUGGCGCAGACGUGGGAGACAGCAUUUUUUGUGGAUUUGCGACCAAGUGGGAAGCGAAGGUAGCCUGCUUGGAAGCCGGCGGCGGCGUUGAAAAGUCGCUCUAUAUUAUCCCCAUUGUCGAGCUAGACGGCAAGUUGCUUGUUGCUUUGCCUGCGGAAGCCUGGGACAGAACCGUGGCACGUCGCCUGGUUCCUCGGACUACUCUGGGCAAAGCCAUCAAAGUUUCUGUGGUUUGCUCGGCUGUUACAGACCGGGAGAUCCCCUUGGCAGAAGAGGACUCUCAGUUAUGGCUGGGAUUUUUGGACAAAAACUUUGUGUCCCAGCUGAAAAUUGCAAGAAUUCAAGAGCCGAUUGCCGAUGUGUACCGGCUGCAAGGAGAAUCAGAUGUUUUGCUGCUCCCCUAUGCUCAGAGUCUGGUGGAAGCCGCGGACGAACAGUUCGCCUUUGUCUCGGCCAUGAGCGGCUCUCCUGGAGAGGAAGAGCCUCCGCCUGUUGGCGGCAGCAGCGCUGUGGAAGCGCGCAUGGAACGCAUGGCAGUUGGAACCCAGGAGGCCGACGAGAGGUCGAGCCGAGUUGGUCCGGUCCAGAUAGCCGGUCUGGAUCCUUCAGUUGUAGCAGCGGCGAGAAAAGCCGGAGUGGGCGAAGCCGAGUUGCAGAGAUUGGGCUCCAUGGUGUCCAAAAGCCACAAGCUCGGAGACGCUCCGGGCACUUCCAGAAAACCCAUCGUGGCAGUGGAUUCGGAGGAGGAAGAAGAAGUGGAGUCGGAAGAGGCUCCCGAGGAGGAGGAAGAGCUGGUGGAAGAUCGACAAAAUUCCAUGGGAGAUCUCUCCAUGCAGAAAGCCGUGAUGAAGCUGACCAAGAUUGUGGACAGCUUGGCGGCGCAGAAAAAGCCCAGAGGCCUAGACGCUUUGUUGGAUGGAGCAGACGCCGAAGCUCAAGAUCCGAGCAGCAGCUCUUCUGGGAAGUCAAAAGCAGCCCUGUACAAGAAGCUUCGUCGCAGCCUUCUGGAGGAUCCAAAGUAUGUUUUCCAGACCAUCGAGAACCUGAUGGACGAGGAUUUCCAACUUCUUCGCAUGGCGCCGGGAGUGCCUGCUCUGAGUUUGAUUUCAACGAGAGCAUGGAUGGAGUACCGUUCCCGCCUCCUGCACUACCCAACCACACUGAGGUAUGUGUGGGCUAUAGCGGGAAUCCACGAUUGCCUGAGGCAGGGGAGGAGCGACGAAGCCCGAGCCCGUUGUGCUCUGAUGAUGGCAGCGGCAGAUCAGACGUCGCUGGACGGCGGCAACUGGCUGUUGAGCCAAGAGAUCCUUCUGGAGGAGCCGCCUCCUUUUGCGUCUUUCCAAGGCAAGAAGCUGCCCGAGACCUGGGAUCAAGCUGCUUCGAAGCUGCUGGACGAGAGGUGGCAGGACGUCCUCAUGUGGAAAGUCCGCAGCAAAGAUUCCUACCUCGAGUCCAGGAAGAGGCUCAGCCAGGGCAAAGGCGGCAAAGGAGAUCACCCGAAGCGAGACGAAGUAGAUCGUCCGCAGCCAAAGAAAGGCAAGAGCUAUGAGGGUGGCGCGAACGAGUAUGAGGCAGGGCACGAAGAUGCACUGCCGGGUUCUCGCGCCACCACGGUGCACGGGUACAGUUUGUGGAAUUCACUUUUUGAUUUUCUUGGGCGAGGACGAAGCAGACUCUCCCUCACAUGGCUUGCGGUGCGUGCUGGACAUGCCUUGAAGAAGGCAUCUACUGGGCGGGUGUGGCCUUUGCCCCUGCCCUAUCCUGAACUUCAUCGUCGAGGUGGCCGACGGGGAAGACAAGAGAGCGCUAGAAAGCUAGGCUGCAACUUUGUUGUGCUUGUUUUGAACUUUCUCAAGUUUCCAGAGCGGCAUUGGCGUACGGUCACGCCUCCCUUAGGAACGGCUCUGAACAAGCGCCAAUGGGAAAUCGUGGGAAGGAUUUCCGCGGCGAUUGAGACAUGGAACGACCAAGACGCAGUCACACCAGCUUUGAUGGGUCGAGCGGCUGCUAAGGUCGAGAAUGUGGAAGAGGUUUUGGUCGAUUUGGCUGCAGCUGCUUUUUCAAACUUUCAUGAGGGCAACAAAUAUGGGAACGGUGGAAAACUGGGGAUGCAGAGUAGCUGGGGAAAUCAAGGUUCUCCCGGCGACGUGGUUGGCGUUUUGAGCAAAGACCCUGCUUGCUUGGCUAGAGCAGUCAAACCUGAGCGGCUGAAAUUUUGGCAGACUCCUUCAUUUGAUCCUUUACCUUUUUUGGAUGAUGACAAUGGGGCUACUUUUUCGCGGCCUCUGGACUUUGCUAGGCCUCCCGUUUUGGAGGACGUGGGGCCACCUCGAGUCAGGGUUAGGAUGGCUCAGAAGGACAGGGUCAAAUUUUUGGAACUGCUGGAUAGCUGUGGUCGCCUUGCUUUGCUCCCUAGCAAAUUUGCGCGACAAGGCUUUGAGAAUGGGCUCUUUGUGGUGCCGAAGGACGAGGCCCGAGACCGCAUGGUGCUGGACGCUCGCCCUGCCAAUUGCCUAGAAGAUCCCGAGAAGCGCUGGAUUAGGAGCCUCGCUUCUGUGUCUCAGCUUCUCCAUUUCUUUGUCGAGCCCUACGAGGAGAUCAGGUGUUUUGAUAAAAAACUCUGGAAAGCAGGAACCCUGGUCCCGGCUUUAGGAACGAUGGCUAUGGGGGACCUGAAUGCAGUCAGCUAUGGCCAGACCUCGCACUUGGGAUGCUUACUGCAGAGCGGCCUUUUCUCUUUGAGCGACUUUGUGACGCUACAAGGGCGUCCCAGUCGGAAGAGGUGGCUGGCCGGCUUGAUGAUUGAUGACCUUGUUCUGCUUCAAGCUGUUCCCCGAGGUGUGAGCGAGGCUGAGAAGGAGACGAGCGAGUGCGCUGAGAUCAUUCGCGCAGUGCGCAAAGUCUACGAAAAUGUGGGCCUGCCACGGCAUGAAGGCAAGGUGCAUAGACGAUUGAUGGCUGUUUUGGAAGAGGUGUACGGAGCUCAGAGAGGGCGAGAGAGGCACGAGGUGGUGCAGCUCUCCCGAGAACUCAAAGAUGAAAUUUUGUGCGCUCUGGCCCUUCUACCAUUUGCUGAGAUCGAUUUUCGUUUGAAACCUUUUUCAAGAGUGGUUUGCUCUGAUGCCUCGACACACGCCGAGGCUGCUGUCAGUGCGGAGAUUGGAAGCUCGGCUACAGCUGAGCUUCACAAACUGGCUUUGCAAAAAGGAGCUUGGAGUAAACUGCUUUCUCCAGUCAAAGCUUACUGGCGGGAAAAAGGUUGGCCUGAGGAAGAGAGCGAGCUUCCUGACUCUAGCUAUGACAUGAACCCUGUUUGGCGUGAGCUGGUCACUAGCCAGCGAUUUGUCAAGUUGGGAAAGAUCAGAAAGGUGAGGAGACGGAGGCAUAUCAAUAUAGGUGAAGUUAGAGCUGCUUUGGAGGCUGAGCGGUCAGUAGGGGCUGAAGCAGAGGAUUCUUUUUACAUUCAUUUGCAGGACAGUCAAGUUUCGCUGGCCUGCUUGAUGAAAGGCCGCUCAUCUUCACGGAGUUUGAACAGAGAAUUGCGUCGGUCCAUUCCCGAACACUUAGCAGCCAAUGUGCGGCCCUUCUAUGGCUUCGUCAGAUCAAAACUAAACCCAGCUGAUGAUCCUACGCGAGAGGCAGAGGUGCGUGGGCCGUCAGAGGAGGAAUCUUCCUGGUUGAGAGAUCUGAAAGUAGGCGAGUUCACCGCCUAUGAUGCUUUUUUGGAAGAGCUUGGUUUGGAUUGCACUGCUGUGGCGGGCCUGCCUGAGGAAGCUGAGCUUGCACGGCAAUGGGACUACAAUGGUAGGAGCAAAAUUGAAGAGAAAAGAAAGACCAGAGAGCAAAAGAAGGUUGCUGUCACCGGGGAUGUGAAGUCCCCCAAGUUUGAGAAGCUUGAAAAAGUGGCCUGUGCGACAUCCGAAACUCCUUCUUCUAGCUUGGAGCAGAGAGCAGAGCCAGCUGGGUUGUCGGCUGAGGUGACGAAACUGCUGCGGAUGUUUGGUUCUAGCCAAUUUGAGUUUUCGAGCUGCUUUGGAAGUUUGGAAGAAGCACUAGCGUCUGGUCCAGGGUAUUUAGACCUGUUUUCUGGAAGCAGAGGAGUGGCGAAGGAGUUGGUCAAGCAAGCUCAGAAUCGUGAGUAUCCUGAAGGGGUGCCUUGGGCUAGCGAGCUUCAACAAGAAAAGAACCGCGUUGGAAAUCUACUGCUGAAGUUUGUGCUGCAGGCAGUGGAAGCGUGUUGCAAAUCUGAAAUUAUUUUUUGGGUGGAGAACCCGCACCCUUCCUGGUUGUGGCGCCAAGUAGGGGAGCUGUCCUGGGAGCCUUUGCUGAGACGUUUUGGUAUAGGGGACCUGGUAGUGGACUAUUGUCGUUUUUCAACGCCCUGGCGGAAGAGAACGAGAUUUAGGACAAAUGGACAGCUUCAAGGGCAGAGGCUUAUGUGCCAGUGCAAGACCCCGCAUGUGGUCCUGAGGGGUCGAUCAAAAGCUGCGGGGCUGAACUAUACUAAGAUUGCUGAGGCUUAUCCUCGCAAACUGAAUUGGAUGCUUGCUGCAGCGAUGCUGGCCGACUCGGGCCUACUAGCUGGGAGACGAAAGCUCAACAUUGCUCAGUGCUGCAAAGCGCAGAGCUUGCGAAUCGGGGAAGCUCAAAAUCCUGGGCCCAGAGGAAGACAAAUUUUCGCUCGAGAAGGUCGUUUAGGAGAUAUCGAAACACUGGAACCUGCUACAAUUCUGCUGCGAGGCAGACUGUGGACCGCUUUCCUAACCUGGUUCGAAGAGCAUUUUCCCGGACAUGAUUUGCUGGAAUGGAUGAGCAGCUCGCUCGAGCUUUUUAUCUCUGUGCUGGUUGGGUUUGGUCAUGACUCCUUUGCAUCAGGAAAACCGCUGUAUGGGUAUCGACAACUGGUGGCGCAUUGCCAAAAAGAAUUUCCGGCUCUCAGGGGCCGGCUUCACUCUGCCUGGGAAGUUGUUUCGAGAUGGGAAAUUGCUGAGCCCACUCGACACAGGCCGCCUCUACCUGAGCCUAUCCUGGAAGCUUUAGCCUCUCUAGGAAUUGCUUGGGGCUGGCCUCGUUGGACAGCGGUUCUUUUAGCUGCUUUCUACGGAAUUUCCCGAGUAGGUGAGCUUUUGAAAGCACGACGAAAAGACGUGCUGACGCCAAAAGAUCUGCUGACUGAAGAUGCGGUGAUUUACGUGAAGAUUGCUCUGCCAAAGUCGCGUCGCAGGGGUCCUACGAUUCAGUAUAUCACAAUUGAUUUUGGUCCUGUCGUUUCCUUUUUGGAGGCGGUUUGGGAUCCUCUUUCUGCAAAAGAUUUUCUUUAUCCUGGGUCCCCUUCUGCCUUCAGAACUAGGUGGGAUAAAGGUUUGGCGCAGCUUGGCGUGCGAAAAGAGUUCAAAUUGACCCCCGGUUCCUUGAGACCGGGUGGAGCAGUCAGAGCGCAUCGAAAAGGUACUUCUAUUCAAGAUUUGCUGUGGAAAAUGCGGUUGCAACAUUUGAAGACUCUUUCAUACUACCUCCAAGAAAUGACAGCAGUUUCAGUUUUGCCUGCUCUGCCAGAGCGGACUAGGACGAAGAUAGCUGUGCUACAGGGCGCAUUGCCAAUCUUCAUUUGCAAUGAGAUCAAGGCCCGCAGCGCACAAC